UAAAUAUGCUCAGAUCUCAUUUCAAAAUGGCGGACGAAGGAUUCGGAAUGUCUGCCGAAAACAGAAGAGCGGAGCAGGAGAGAGCUGCGCUGAGAAAUGAGAUUCGAAGAGACUAUCAGAGAAAAGUUAAUGAUCCAAAGGCAAAGGGGAUGGUGCUGGAUCCCGCUGUAGUCCGGUGGAACCACGCCAGACAUAGCUCCUACCAGUUCUUCAAAGCUACUCCCAAAUCCUCUCUUGUGGGUUUUUUCUGUGGACUUCUACCUCCUUUGGGCUUGAUUUACAUCUUUGACAGAUACAAGAAAUAUGAGAAAAGAAUGUUUGCAGAGGGCAAGUGGACAAAACCCAGGGCACUACUGAGAGGAUAACUGCCUUCAUUUGCUCUUCUAAAUCCAGUGGGUGUAACAGAAGAUACCAUAACCUCCAUUUCCCCUUGAUGGAUUUGUAACUGCAGAUUUGUACAGUGACAAGUUAAACAUUCAAAGUAUUUCCGGUUUCAGAAAUGCAAAGAAUAGUGUGCAGUGGAGUGAACCACAUUAAAUGGCCAGAGAUGAAGCUUAUUGGCUGUUUACAAAGGAUGGUUGUGUUGAAAAAUCACACAUUUUAUUCAAAUUCAGUUUUCUGUUGUAAAAGUGAAAGUUAUAAGUAAUGGAUGCUUUCUCCAUCCAAGGCCCAAAUGUUUCAAUAACAGAAUGCUUUCAUUUUUAACCAAAUGCCUUUAGAGAAGUUCACAAAAGUCCACCUGGUUUAAUUAUAAAUACAUAACAAAACUGACUGCUUGACUUGCUAGCAGACCAACUAAUGUUACAAGGAAAUGUUCUAAUUUGUUUUGAAAGUGUGAGUAUUAAAGAUUGAUUUUUCAGAUACGGAAAAUUAUA